UAUAUACAACAAUUUGCGCCUGAGUUUGAAGAACGAAAUUUGUGAUAAACCUCACAAGCGCAUCCGUGCUUGAUUAAACACCACCUCAAAAGCCUUUUUCGGUACUCUACAAAAGCGUUUUAGCGCUAACACGCCAUAAUUCUCUUUCACCAAUAAUUCUUCUACUGCGCAACAGUUUUAUGAGUAAUAGCGCCAUGGUUGCAGUCGCCAUUUGUUGCAUACUGGUCCUGCUGGCCGUCUUCAUUGUGAUCAUCAUAGUCGUUGGUCAGACGAUGGGUGAGCCUAAGUGAGAUAAACUUCAACUGGGACCCGGAAACUUCCCAGAUGGAUAACAAAGGCCCUCGACGAAUUGUUAGUUGUUACCGAAUAUCAAAAUUGAAUUAUUGACCACAGCAAACGAGUUCACAUCAAUAUUGUUAAACGACAUAAAGAUCGCCAUCGUUGACCGACGAGUGCCAUUGAUGCCCCCAUUUGUCAGACAGCGCCGUAAGCAACAACAAAAGCAUCAACAUCAAACUGGUUUGGAACAUAAUUUUGCACAAAUUAAUCAUCAAACGCCAUACGCACCAGUUGCAGCAAGCGAAUCACUGUUGCCAGCAACAUCAUCCAGCAGCAUCCACACGAACACCAUUUAUGCACAAUCGGAUCCAUUGUCAGAACAAAAAAUUGGCUGUGAUGUGGAACUAAAGAGACAUAUGAAAUUUUCUAUAAGUAAAUAAACAAUUUGGAAUCUAAAAAUUAAAGAAGAAAAAAAAUAAACAAACAAAAUGUAUAUCACAAAAAUUCAAUCGGCAAUUAAAUUCAGUACACCAAAAUCAAUUUAAUCAACAGCAACUACAACAUGUUACAACAUAAAUUGCGUUAGCAACAUUAAAUAAGCUCUAACCUAGUAUUCAUUAAAUAUCAAAUGUGCAUAUUUGUAUUAGUAAAAGAAAUUAAAUGACUGUAGUGUUUUUGAUAACAGUGUUAGAAUUUCGAUGUUUAUACAAACAAAAAAUUGACCACAAGGGUGUAUAAUAUGCAUGUAUUUUUUAGAAUGGUUGCAUUUUUAGGCCUCGAAAUGAAGCAGAAGCCAAAAGCUGUGCGGCAACUUUUUGUAGCAAAACCCUGCAAGCACUCAUUGGCGCUAAAGCCAAUAUUGAUGAGCAAUAAGUAAUUUCGCCUCCUCAGAGCAAAGUAAUGUAAAAACAACAUCAAAACAAAUUUUUACUAAAAAGUAAAGAAAUACGGUAGAAAAUGUGCGUCAACACUAAAAUUAAUGGACUGACAGCUAAUGGGCGGUUGUAUCUGGGCAGCGUCUACUACAAAAGAAAACGCAAAAAAACUUCAAGAACGAGCGCGUUAAAAGCAAUGAUAACGCGCUGGGACCUACUUUCCACAAAGCUGAAUGACUUCUUAGCUUUUCUCCCAUAGAAACAUGAUCUUGCAUGAAUAAAUCAACUUCUUAAAUGUCACCAGCGAAUGUCGCUUCCACUUCAUUGAAAACCAAAAUAUAACAAAUCUUUAAUAUGACAAAAACGCCGUUUUUGCGAACUUCAAUAAGAAACUACCAAACAAAAAUAUUCAUAUUUCCAAAUUCUAAACACAAAGCGAAAAUAAAUGCAAAGUGAAAUUAUUUCAUUUGUAAAAAUACGUUCCCAGCGUUUUUUAGAAUUUCAAUUAUAAGCAAUAAAGUGUUUUAAAUUCUCAACUUCCUAAGCAAAUUGAAGAUGUAAACAAAGUCAAAUCAUAUCAGUUGUAACGAUGAAUUUCCCAGCUCAGCAACAAUAAAAGAUAUAAAGAGAAGUUUAAAAAAAGUAUAGCAAUCCAAACGUCAAAAAAUCCAGAAAUGAUGAAAACUCAGUGCACAAUUCACUUGUUAACAGAAGCAAUUUUUCGGUUUUCAAAAAGGAACAAGACAAAACACACAGCAGUCUUAAAAGGAGCAAAAUUCAAAGUAGUCAACAAAGUGUCUAAAAGAAUUCAGUAGCUAAAUGUGUGUAUACUGAUAAAAUAAACUUUUUUAUUUCGUUACGUUUUGAAAGUUGCAUAAAAUACAAAAAUGUAAGCAAAAAAUCCAUCUUGAAAAUUAAGGAAGAAAAACAAACUCUCAACACAAUAAAUAGUUAACUAAAUUAAAGCAAAUACAACUAACUAAUAGAAUAUAUACAGUGUAAUGUACAAAUGUAAAGCAGCAAAUAGUUCCAGUUCCAGAAAAAUUAAUAAGCAGUUCAGUGUUUUUCAUGUACAUAAAGGUACAACCAAUGUUCGUCGUUUAAACGUUGAUUAAAA